AUGUCGCUCUUUGCUUCGACCUUAUCUCUGCUUGCCCUGGUCUCUUCUACUUCGUCGGCUCUUACUCCGGUAGCUCCUGGUCCUGGCGACAUAUUCCAUGCUGGCUCAAACUGUACGAUUGUAUGGAACGCGGACUCUACUGGCACAUGGAAGAACCUCUCCAUCGAUCUUAUGACAGGCUCUAACAACGCGAUGGUUCUUGUUACGAACGUGGUCGCUGGACUCGACGGCACGUCGACCGAGCUAUCACCCUACAACUGGACUUGCCCCGACGUAGAGCCCCAUUCCGCAAUCUACUUCUACGAGUUCAACAACGGGGGGAAUACGUCCGAGGCUCAAUGGACAACACGCUUCACGAUUGCUUCAUCUUCCGGAGAUACGACGCCUCCGGACAACUCUACUCAACCUAAUGGCAAUGCGAUUCCUUGGGGUAUUGGCCGUCUUGCUUCGAACUCAUCCACUUCUGGUCUUGCGGCCCAAGCUGUGACACCGCCCAUGCCCAACACGACUGCCACUCAAUCGUUUGCCACUGAGCAGUCUGGUCCCACUGAUGCGAUUCAAGGGUCGGGGGCACCCGGAGAGUCGGCAGCCGAUGAUGCCAGCUCGCACCACAGAGGAACCAGGACAUGGAGUCGAACGAGGCACGCAACCAAGACGCACGACGCCUCUGCACAAGCGGACUCGGCCAAUACAGUUGCGGCGGAUUCCACGACACCUUCGCUUCAAGUAACAGGAAAGACUCGGCACUCGUCGACAGAUCACUCCCAUCCCUCUGCUGCAACCUUGGAGCUGCCACCCGCCGCAACUUCAGAUGGCAGGGUGUCCUCUGAAGGCCGCACCAUGGUUCACAGUGGCGCCCGACGACGGGGAGGUAGACCAUCCGUAUCACUUGCGCUUCUGUCCAUUUUCGUGUUCCUGUAA